UUGUUUGCAUAAAUGUGAUUAUUACAUAACAUUGCUUGAAGAGCAGAAAGAAAAUUACUGUCCAUGUCUAAAAAAGAACAAAAAAAGAGCGAACUCGAAUAUAAGAUGGAAACAGUUCCGAUGGACCCGCGUUUUCCAAAUAUGAAUGUAACACGACAUUGCUGGUUUUCCUAUGUGGAAUACCAUCGUUGUCAGAAGAGUCGCGGAGAAGGGGAUGAAUCAUGCCAAUAUUUUCAAAAAGUUUUCAAAACAAUGUGUCCCAAUGCUUGGGUGGAAAAGUGGGAUGAACAACGGGAAGCUGGUGUGUUUCCAGGCAGAAUUUAAAAUCGACCGCAAUUAGUAUAUAUUCUUAAUUAUUGUUGAAUUGAAUAAAAAAAUAUGCAAUUUUCAAAACACUCCGAUAUACACGUACGCACACCCAACCACUUUUUCACCUAUUUGCUAUAAAUUUCUUUAAUAAAAAUGAUUUUUAGUGUAGAGAAUUGGGAACGUUUUUUCGAUCGGUACUCAACCAAGUUAUUCAUAGAGCGGCUAGAGUAUCAAGCAAAUUUAUUUGUGAACUGAAGGCUUGUUGAAAAGGAAAACAGAUUUGUGAGCUAUAUACAAGUUAAAAAGUGUAUGGUUUGAAUCUUAUUUGGGGCAUAGUUUUAAACUGAAAAAAAUUUUGCAAUUUUGUUCUCCUUUUAAAUUUCCUUUUUACUAUUUCUUUCUAUAAUUUCUGUCUAGUUUUUAUUUAUAUAUAUAUAUUUUUUUUUUGUAAAAGAUGUCUGCUGAUGCAAAACUUUAAUGAGAUUAAGGUUAAACAUACUCUUAAACAUGCUUAAUAUAUCGAUUAUAGACAAUAUUAAUCAUUCAUCCAUAUAACUAAUGAACGCAUUUCUCUUGUAUGUGUCGUUACAUCCUGAUUUCGUGUAAUCAUCACAAUUGCUCGAUCGCACACUCCUUCGCUUUGCCUUUUCCUACUUGUGCGAUUUAUUAA